AUGGUCUGCAGUAUCGACCGCGUGCUACCCACUGACCACGUGCAGUAUCACACUACCGAUGCAGUGCUGAGCGACAAGGAAUCAGUGCAGGAGUUGUCGCAACAUCCGAACGUGACUGUUGUUGUCAACAUCUCUGGCAAUAGCAGCAGCAGCAGCACUAGGAGUAGUAGGGAUUACAAAGCGGUCGAAAGGAACCAAUGCACCGGUCACACCAUUUGUAGUACCGGUAAGCCGACCACUUUUUGGCUGCUGGUCUACUGCUGCUUCGGUAUUACGGUGUCGUUUGCGCUUCAUGGGGUCGUCCUCGAGAAGAUCACAAUGCACCGCGUUCUGGGCGAACUGUCCAUGACGUUUGUCUUUUGUGGUUUCAAUUCACUCGUUGCAGUGGGCUUACGUCGCCUUCGGAACGAGAAGCGGUCGACAAUGCCGCAACGGUUCGUUGUGGUUGUAGGCGCUCUGGCGUUCGGCUCGACGAUUGCGUCGAUGGUGGCGCUGCGCUACGUGACGUACGUCACACGGAUCCUGGGCAAGUCGUGCAAAUCUAUCCCUGUUAUGGUCGUGGGGGUGCUACUGGGCAAGAAGUACGCAGCGCAAAAGUACGUGUCUGUGCUGGUGCUAUCGAUCGGUGUUGCCGUCUUUUUGUUGGGCACGGACCACGAGACACACAGCCACGUGAUUGAGCACGAUGAGAGCCACGAUCGUAGUCGACUGGAGCAGGAACGGACCCCCGAUAUGGUACUUGGGGUGUCACUGCUGGUGCUUUCACUCAUCUUUGACGGUGCGACGGGCGCUCUGGAAGACAAGUUUAUGGAAGAGUACGACAUUGGCGCCUUUGACCUCAUGUACUACGUCAGCAUGUACAAGGCUCUUUUCUCAGCAGCUGGAAUGGUGAUCAAUGGCGAAGUGCCUGUGUUUGUCCAGCACAUUGUGCCGUCGCUGCCUAGUCUCGUGCUGCUCAGUUUGACUGGUGCUUUUGGCCAGGCCUUCAUUUUCUAUACCAUCAGCACGUUUGGUGCCCUGACGACAGCCAUUAUUGGUACGUGCCGUAAGGUGCUGAGUAUUGUGCUCUCUGUCUUCCUGUUCGGCCACGUACUGACUCUGGGUCAGAUGGUGGGUCUCGGACUUUCCUUCCUUGGUAUUGGACUCAACUGGGCGACUAGCAAGAAUCUCUGUGCCAAGUCUUCGAUGACACGCACCACUGCGAUGGAGUCUCCGGAACUAGAUGUGCUUUCGAAAGAGAGUCUACUUGAGAGCUGCAGUGAUGACACGGCCGACUCGGAAUUGGACGAGCAGGAAAUGACGCUUUUGGACCGCAUCAAAGACGACGAAGAGAUGUCGGCAGAGAUAGCUCGCAAGCUAGAGCUGGUUAACGCGUGGCACCGUCAGACAUCUUGUGAAACAGAGCGAAUAUCGAUGGACGACGAUGCGUUUGAUUCGAAGGAUGUCGCGGCAGUGUAA